GUUAAAUUCAAAACCCGUCAAAGACGUUUGCGCACUACAGAUCGUGUAACAGCAAACACAGUUUAUGGACCUAUUAAAGGUGCCAAAUGGUUAUCAGUUUAUGGCGACACUUACUACAGUUUUGAAGGUAUACCCUUUGCAAAACCACCUUUAGGCAAGCUACGCUUCAAAGCACCUGAGGAACCGGACCCAUGGACAGAAGUAAAGCGCUGUACUCGUGAACGUUCUAAACCAACACAGAUGAAUAUCAUUCUUAAACAGAUACAAGGCAAGGAGGACUGUUUGUAUCUGAAUGUCUACACAAAAACUUUGAAGAAUGAAAAUCUAAUGCCGGUACUGGUUUGGAUAUAUGGUGGCGGUUUUCAAAUGGGUGAGGCCUCCAGAGAGAUAUAUAGUCCUGACUAUUUUAUGAUGGAGAAUGUUGUGCUUGUAACAAUAUCAUACAGAUUAGGACCAUUAGGAUUUCUUUCGCUCAAUGAAAAGAAUUUAGAUGUGCCUGGCAAUGCUGGUUUGAAAGACCAAGUUUUAGCUCUAAAAUGGGUUAAACGUAAUUGCCACUUUUUUGGUGGCAAUCCAGACAAUAUAACAGUUUUCGGUGAAAGUGCCGGUGGUGGUUCUACACACUACAUGAUGCUUACAGAGCAGACACGGGGGUUGUUCCAUAAAGCUGUCAUUAUGUCAGGCAGCGCCUUAGCACCUUGGGCCAACAUACCACAACGUAACUGGGCUUACCGUUUAGCCAAGGCAACUGGUUAUAAAGGUGAAAAUAUCGAUGCCGCCGUACUGGAAUAUCUACAACAAAGCAAAGCAAGCAGCAUAACAAAAGUAGCUGAUGAACUGCUCACCAUGGACGAGCGACAUGAACGUGUCAACUUUAGUUUUGGUCCCACAGUCGAACCUUAUGACAGCGCACACUGCGUAAUUCCGACUUCACCACUGGACAUGAUGCGUAAUUGCUGGGGGAAUGACAUACCAAUGUUAAUAGGAGGCAAUUCAUUUGAAGGACUUCUAGUGUUUCCUGAAGCAAGAAAAUUUCCAGACUUGCUUACUAAAUUAGGCGACUGUGAAUAUCUCACACCAAUGGACGCAAAUUUAAGUGAUGAAAAGCGUAAAGAAUAUGGACGCCAGCUAAAAGAAACUUAUUUUGGCGAAAAGGAACCCAGCUGGGAUACAAUAUUGCACUACAGCGAUGUCUGCUCAUACAAAUACUUUUGGCAUGGCAUACAUCGCACUGUGCUGUCGCGGGUUCACAAUGCCACCGCACCGACAUAUUUAUAUCGCUUCGAUUUCGACUCGAAGCACCACAAUCUUAUGCGAAUAAUAUUCUGUGGCCGCAAGGUACGAGGCACGUGUCAUGCAGAUGAUUUAGUUUAUCUAUUUUUCAAUGCUGCGUCCAAAAAACAAAAAUUGUGCAGUGCAGAAUAUAAAACCAUACGACGCAUGGUCUCCAUUUUGGUGCAAUUCGCCGAGUGCGCUGAUCCAAAUCUGCCCACUGAAAAACAAUACACCAGCACAAGCACAUACACCGCAAAUACGACAGGCUCUCUACCAAAUCUAUGCGACACUGAUAGUUUGGUAAUUGAUGCAUCACCAACACCAAUGGAACAGGAACCGCACAAAAAGCAACAGCAGUUGAUGAAGCCAUUGGAGCGUUGGUUGCCUGUUGCACGCGCCGAUAAGACAUUCAAAUGUUUGAAUAUUUCCGAUGAAUUGCAAGUGAUUGAUUUGCCGGAGGCGGACAAGCUAAAACUUUGGGACAGCAUGUACGAGGACAAAACCUUGUUGUACUAAUUCGUCUCGUCAACAGCAAGGCUGUAGGCGAAUGCAACUCGACCGGACAUUGAGUAGAAUCGAUGAAGUGUCAUUUGUUGUUAUUGUGAUUUUCAAAUUGACGUGCGAAAAUAUGCGCUUUAGUGUACUAUUGAUGCAACAAACAAUAAUAACAAAAAACAAUUGCAACAACAACAGUUUCAAAAUUCAAAAAAAAAAAACAAAAACAAAAAAUUAUUUUAACUUUUUUACGCAAAUCAAAUGUGAAACAUAGUUUUAAACUUUUUUAAGCCUGUAGUAUAUGAAAUGUGAUGUAUCUCUAGUAAUUAAGCAUCCGUCCUGAUGUAUGACACACAGAUGAAUUUAUGGAAAUCAAACAAUUUUUUUUAUACAUUGGAAUACCAGCACAAUACGUUGAAAAAAAGUGUGCUAAAUUUUUUAGGUGUUUAUAAAAAUUAUUUAUAAAAAUUAUUUAGUCAAUGUCAAUACGAUAGGAGGAAAUUUUUCUAUUUGUAAUAUAAAUAAGAUAUCU